GGGUGGACACUGGUGCACGGAGGGGUGGUGUUUAGGGGGGUGGGGGGUGUAACAAUCUGCGCGAACCUGGCCCUUUAAAUUACAUCCACAAUCACUGUGGACGAGACAAGCAAAGUUACCUGCAGGUCCUUGAGCCAACUUGAGUCUACAACCUUUUCAUCAUCCAGAAUUUUCUCCUUUUACGUGCCACGAUAACCGAUGGCAGAGAAUGUCGACGACUAAUAACAUAGCCCAGGCCAGGAAGUUGGUGGAGCAGCUGAGGAUUGAAGCAGGCUUUGAACGCAUUAAGGUGUCUAAGGCUGCUGCGGACCUCAUGAGUUACUGUGAGCAGCAUGCCCGCAGUGACCCUCUGCUGGUGGGGGUUCCCACCUCUGAGAACCCUUUCAAAGACAAGAAACCUUGCAUCAUUCUAUAGCUACUCUCUCUAGCCCAGCUCUCCCAGUCCCACUUUAACCAGUGCCCAUCCCCAGUCAAUGGGCAAUUCAGUCCAACACUUCUUUUGAUCUGGAAUCCACAGUAUUCUCCAGAAAAUAAAUGCCACACUCUCUUAGUACAAAACUAUUUGGGGCGAUGUCUGUAUACCUAGCGUCAUGUAGCCCUGCGUUGAGCGUGUCUAUAUGAAUGAAUCUAUGCAUUUGUGCACUGUCUACAUUCAUGCAUAUAGACUUACUUAACAGGUGGCAGAUUUUGGAAUUUGUAAACAGUUUCACAUUAAUUAUACAGUGCUUAAAUGACUGAGAGAUACUCCAGCAUGUUUUUGAGUGCAGUGUGUGACCUUAUUACCAUAGUCAGGUGGGGAGAGUAGAGGAAGACAGUCAUGUUUAUGCUGACUGACUAGCUGGCUAGCCCAGUCACACUGUGGUAAACGGUUGUUCAGUAUUAACCCUCCAUUGUUGUGUUAGAUCUGCAAGCUAAAGGUUCAUUUUAGAUUUGUAUGGCCAAAAUUGAAACCAGGUAUGCUUAUCUUUAUCAAAACAGCACAUUUCAUGUUUUACAAAGGGAUUCAAGACAUUAACCAGUGUUGCCAAUAUUUUUACGUUUUUGUUUUCUCAGUCCUUUUGUGAGCUAUAGUGUUUCUUUUCAUCGAUAAAAACAUAAGGCUUAAUGCUUUCUUUUUUCUAGUCUUUAUACUAUAUUUCAGAAUCCUCAGACACUAUAAAAGGAAUAAUUUUAUAUAAUGCAGAAAAUAUUAACCUGAUACGUCUUUCCCAGCCCCUUUUAAUGUGCCGAUAUUAAAGCCGAACUUGUAUUUGGAACAGUAACUUAAAUGUUUGGAUGCAACAUUUGUAGUCAAAUAUCUUGAAAUCAGCCCCCUAAAAUUGCUAUUACCUUUCAGAAUCAAUUAGUAUGGCAUUUUAAAUUAAAAGUCUAAACCCCUGCAUAUCACAGGCCAAUCUUAUUCUCUGAAACUAAACUUGAUUGUAAAAUCCAUACAGAAGGAAAAAAAAAUGUAUAAACUUUCUUUUGGACAUGUUCAGAGGUGUUAACUUUGAGAAUAGUUGUUUUGGAUUUGUUUGUUCCAAUUUCUUUCUAUGGAAACAUGGAAUCUGGUCAUUGAGUAUGAUACUGUACAGUGUUUGAUAACUAAAAGCGGAUUAAUUUUUUUGUGGGUGUUUUAUCUUUUUGUAAUCUUUGUGUAAUAUUUCUGUUUCCUCCAUCAUUCAUAUUUAGUCAUCCAGUUUGUCCUCUUUAAGGCAAGGCAAAGAAGCAAACUAGACAAGGAAUUGACGGACAGCUCUGGUGCUUGUACAUGUGAUAGCAAAUUGCUUACCUGCUCCCUUUUUGGAAAUAUGGAAUGAAUUAUGGACACUGUAAACAAAGCCCACAUGAUGAUGAUGAUGAUGUAAGGUGCUCAAGGCAUUGUUUUCAGGCUGUUGUACCAGUUUGAUACAUUUAAAGCACGUUUUGUGAGGUGGUUCGUGUUGAUAAGUCUUGUUAGUUGCUCUGUAUGAAGAGCAGGAUGUUUAGCGUUAUGCAACAGGCCACUGGGUUUGGCUCUGCCCGAGCAGUCACAUGCAGAAUCGCAAGAUGAGGGGCAAGGUCAAGCCACCACUCUGCAUGUUCUAUAUGCAUCCAGCACAUGAUCUAUGAUCACUGGCCAGUAAGUGUCUUGUGCACCACCAUGGGUGACUGAAGUUGACAGUCCCCAAACACUCGCUCGCAGUAUAGAGCAGUGCACUAAAGGGAUAAGUGCUGAAAAUAUAAUUGCCCCAUUGUUCCUCUUUAAAUGGUGAAAUUAACAUUAGUGUGCAGAAAAAUGGGUCUCGGAAAUACUGUCGUUAUAUAAGGGGGACAGAGGUGGCCUGUGCUCCCUGCAGCCCAAAGGAAGCUGUCAUCAGCUCCCGUAUUAAGCAUGACUAAGAUAAGUAGAGAGGUCACAAGAUGGUUAUGAGUCAUCCAGUAGUCCAGAGAACAACAGAGAAUCACACUUCUCCCUGCUUGUACUGCUCCCCACAAGUGAGCCUGCAGAGGACAGAGCUGCCUCAGUGACAUCACUUCCUGUCGAGCUUGAGCUUAUCAGUGAAGCACAUCCAAGCAUGCUGGCAGAGCAGGACUAAGAAGCAAAGAGUUAAAUGGAUAGUUCUUACACAAAUGACAAUUAUGUAAUCAUUGUUUCAAACCAGAAUGACUCACUCUCUGUUAGAAAGAAUGUUAGUCUCAGUCACUAUUUACUUCCACACAAUGAAAGUGAAUGGUGACUGAGGCUAAAAUUCUGCCUAACAUUUUCUUUUGUGUUGCAUAUAAAAGUCUUAUAGGUUUGGAACAACAUAAGGAGAUAUUAGGCAGAAUAUUAGCCUCAGUCACCAUUUACUUUCUUUGCUUAUUUUUUAUAUAAAAUGAAAGUGAACGGUGACUGAGGCUAAGAUUAUGCCUAACAUCUCCUUUUUUGUUCCAUGAAUGAAAGAGAGUCAUAUUGGUUUGGAACAACAUGAAGGUGACUAAAUGAUGACAGAAUUGUCAUGUUUGGUUAAACUAGCCAUUUAAUUUGUAGUUGGUUUGAUCAGCAUGGGUAUGGCCUUUGUGGUAAAGUACAGAGACAGUGCUUGGAAAAUCUGUAUCCUGUACAGUGUUGCUUUCAAAGUAACUUGAGAGACAGAUUGAGUACUAUGGGGCGAAAUGUACAGUAUUAUGUAAUGAAGGGUUGUAAUUUAAUCUCUUGAAGUAUUACAUUAGAAUUUCACUGAGGACUUCUUAGCUAAUGAUGUAAUUGAAAGAAAAAUACACUUAUAUCAGGAAUCCACAUUAGGAAAAAGCCUUUCUGGAGAAGUGCUUUAUUUCACUGCAAAUGUGCAGUAAGUAUGAUGAAGUUUGUCAGUGGAGAGAUAAAAGUAGCACUAAUCAAACUUUUAAACAUAGGUGUGAAGUGACCAGACACCAACCAAACUGUUAAACUCAUUGUACCACGUUUGAUGGUAUUACACUGGAGCAAACACUGUGAAAGUCAGCUUAUUAGAAUUAAGUUCUCCACCCUCUUGACUCACAGUGGGUUAGGAUGCACUGUGCUCCAAAGUAAAGUUUUUACCUUAAGUGUGCUUUCACCACCUUAGGCUGACAAUUCCCUAUGCUUAGAUUUAAAAAGACCCUGCAAUCAUUUCAAUGAGAAAAUGGCUUGCUGUGUUGGGAAACCUGUUGUAUGAAACUGUUAGGACUAGGGAGUGCGUCCAUUUCUAAUUUGUGUUGCACACAGCAAGAACACUUAAGGUGCUGAGGAGGCCAUAAUACCUUAACCUCAAUUCCUUGUUCGAAUUCACACACCAUUGAGCUCUUUCAUGACCGUAAGAGUUGAGAUUUAGGCUUUGUGUGGGUAAUCUCUGUAGCCGAGUCCUUAGCCAGUAGAAUCCAAUCUUAGCCUGUCCCAUUAUUUUGUGUUUUCUCCUGUGUAUGCAAAUGUAUCUUUCUGCCUUGAUUAUGAAGAAAUAUAUCUAUUUUUUGUAAUUGUUCUUCUCGGAUGUGCCAUAAAUCAUGUUUUCUUGCACACUGUUAAUAUUUUGUGGAUAUUCCUGUUUAAAAAUGAUGAUAUCAAAAAAGUAGAUGAAAUAAAGACAAAAUGUUACUCUGUA